CCUCCUCUCGGGGAAAAGGCCAGACUUCAAAUGAUGUUUUAAAGUCCGACUGUGCUCCUCACUCCUUCUCUUUCCUCAUUUCUUUCUCGUGGUUCCACUGAAAACCUGCUAGGUUAUAUUCCCGAACGUCAGACACGAAGGUGAAGUGAAAGGCAGGUGCUGUGUGCUGUCUCUCUCUCUCUCUCUUUCUCUCUGUCUCUGUGAGUGCUACACAUGGCUUCCUCACUCCUGACCCGCCAGCUGGCUCUUUCCCUCCAGCAAAACCUGCGUCUCGCUGCUCCAGGUUCCAGAUAUGUCAGCAAAACUGCUACAAAGACUGUUUCAGAGUUUGAAUACGAUGCCCCAUCCAUGAAGACUUCUGUGCCCGGUCCAAAGUCCAAGGAGCUGCUGAGACAACUUGGAGAGAUUCAGAACACUGGAGCUAUUCACUUCUUCUGCAACUAUGAGGAGAGCAGAGGGAAUUACCUGGUUGAUGUGGAUGGAAACCGAAUGCUGGAUGUGUACACACAAAUCUCCUCCAUCCCCAUCGGUUACAAUCAUCCAGCCUUAAUGAAAGUGAUGACCAAUCCAAAUAAUGUGAGUGCAUUUGUCAACCGGCCGGCACUUGGUAUUCUGCCACCUGAGAACUUUCCAGAGAAACUGGCGGAGAGCCUGUUGUCGAUCGCUCCCAGUGGGAUGACAAAAGUGCAAACCAUGGCCUGUGGCUCCUGCUCCAAUGAAAACGCUUUCAAGAGCAUGUUUAUCUGGUACAGAAAUAAAGAAAGAGGAUAUGCAACCCCAUCCGAAGAGGAAGUCGGCACUUGCAUGGUCAACCAGAGUCCUGGAUGUCCAGAUUUGAGCAUUUUGUCUUUCAUGGGAGCUUUCCAUGGGAGGACUUUGGGUUGUCUGGCCACAACACAUUCCAAGGCCAUCCACAAGCUGGACAUCCCAUCCUUCGACUGGCCCAUCGCACCCUUCCCGAAGCUGCAGUAUCCUCUGGAGGAGUUUGAGAGGGAGAACGCUCAGGAAGAAGCCCGCUGUCUGGAGGAGGUUGAGGAUCUGAUCGUGAAGUGGAGGCAGAAGGGCAAACCGGUGGCUGGCAUUGUGAUCGAGCCCAUCCAGGCUGAAGGAGGAGACAAUCACGCCUCACCAGACUUCUUCACCAAACUGAGAAACAUCGCACGCAAGCAUGGCUGUGCUUUCCACGUGGAUGAGGUUCAGACUGGCGGAGGAGCAACAGGCAAGUUCUGGGCCCAUGAGCACUGGGGUCUGGAUGACCCUGCGGAUGUGGUGUCCUUCAGCAAGAAGAUGCUGACCGGAGGAUAUUUUCACAGAGACGAACUGCAGCCUGACAAACCCUACAGAAUCUUCAACACGUGGAUGGGAGACCCUUCAAAGAACCUGUUCCUAUCAGAGGUGCUCAAUGUGAUCAGGAGAGAGAACCUUCUGGAGCAGGUGACUCGUUCAGGCAAAGCUCUUCUGCAGGGACUCUAUGCUCUACAGAGUCAGUAUCCUCAUCUCCUGAGCGGAGCCCGUGGUCAGGGAACAUUCUGUGCCAUCGACGCCAGCAAUGAUGCCACACGUGACUCCAUCAUGCUGAAGGCCAGGAACAAGGGUGUAUUUCUGGGUUCAUGUGGAGAAAAAUCCAUCCGUUUCCGUCCCGCUCUGGUCUUCAAGGAGUAUCAUGUCCAUCAGCUGCUGAACAUCCUGAAUGACGUCCUGGCUGAGCAUAAAUAGAGUAAUGUCUGGCCUUCAUGAUCAAACACACAAAGAGCACUGGAGGCUUUCCAGCAGCCUCACACUAUUAACUGCUCUCCGUCUCUCCUGUCAUCUCUCAUUAAGGACGACACAAAUCUGUCUUCUGUCUCCUCUCAUUCAUCUCAUCUCCACCAUAAUUCUCUUGACCAAACUGAUUUUAGCCCAACACUAACCGAGGGUCAUUCACUGAAAUGAUAACCUAGAAAUCGUCCGAUGUCACAGCGUAGCUUGUGAAAUGUGAGGUCAGACGUUUUCCAACCGUCCAAAAUCAGACCAAUAAAGCAAUGUACUAGAGACGGGGAUUUCUAAUCGCAAUAUAUUACUAUUUUCUAUCCCUUUAAAUGUCAUAUAAAGGCAUGAGGAAACAUUUAAAGCAUGAAAAGAUAAGGAAAGACGUUAUAGAGAUAGAUAACUGCUCUAGAAUGCCCUAUAGAAUGUCACUUUGCAGAUGGCCCUGUCUGAAAUAAAGAUAUAGUUCACUCUAUAAAAGAAACCACUCAUCUUUUUGUAGAAGGUUUGAAAGUAGUAGCCAUUGACCUCCAUUUUGUUCUCCCUGUUUUGCAUGUCGAUGUUUACUGUUUUCAAACAUUCUUCAAAUGAUAUUUGUGUGUUUAUUUGAAAUUUUGGGUGAACUAUACUUAAACUGAUGGUGUUGGAUUGAUCAAGCUGAGAGUUCUGAGAAGGUGAAUUGUCGGGUUUGUGUAUGCAUGUCUCUGAAGCCGAAGACCUUCAAGUAUGUCACUUUUGAGGCGACGUUAUUAUUUUAUUAUUCCUCAAUCAUAGAGAGAUGUUGACUUCAAUUUAUGAACGCAAAAACCCGUAACGCACUAACUGGUUUGGUAACGUGAUGCCUGAUGGUUUUUCCGUUUCUACAAGCAUUAACAUGGGACAAUGAAAGUCUUAACAACCGUCCAUCUGAUCCAACAAUAGAAAUCUGUCAGGGAGAGCGUUUUAAAAGCACAAACUCAUACCGACCAUGCUCUGCUCAGGUGAACAUGAUCCCCCUGCUGUUUCUCAUUUACAGGCCGUGUUGGAAAAAGCGAUAUUGUUCUGCUGGCUAGUAUUGACAUGGUGUGAUCUUCAUCUAAUGGUUUUGACAGCCUGUUCAUGUUUACGAUGUUCGGGGUGAUUCUCCUGCUCCAGUUUCUCUAAGCUGACAUGUCCCUUCAGCUUGGCUGUUUUAAACCUACUUUAUAUAUUCGGAUGCUGCCUUCAUGUGCUACAAGGAAGUUAUUAAGGGGGCAGUUCACAAAAAAAUGAGAUAUCCAGCCUCAUUUACUCAGCCUCUGCUUAUUCCAAACUAGUUUGAGUUUCUUUUGAUGAACACAAAGGAAGAUGCAUUGAAGAAGAAAAAAAAAAACAACCAUCGACUUGCAUAGUAUUUUUUGUCCUACUAUGGAUGUUAAUGAAGCUUUUUCCACAACAUUCUUCAGAAUAUCUUUCUUUGUGUUCAACGGAAGAAAUAAAUACUCUUCUAAACUUUGUUGAGAGUAAAUGAUGUGGAAAUCUUCAUCUCUUUGUGUACAUGGAUUUUCUAAACCUUUCAAAUUAUGCUCCAUUUGAUAGUGUGCAGACUAGACAUUGUUGUCCUGAUCCAAAUAUUUCAAUUUUAAUCUUAGAACUUGUUUUAACUAAAGUUGCUGAUAUGGUUUAAUUGUAUAAGGACUUGUCGGCUGUUGUUUUUGAGCUCUAUAGUAGUUCGAUCCUUUCUCGAUCGUGUAUAGCGCACUGGCGCAGACAAGAAUUGCCACGUCUUUAAAAUUCAAACAUUGUUUUCUAUGUGUCCUGGCACCCAGCUGCGGCUCCGGAUACUGUUCAAAGUCCAAGAACAUCUCCAGUUUUAUAUGAAGUAAUAUGAUUGCAUAUAGAAUGCGUGCAUCUGGUGUAAAAACACCUCAAAUUGUCAAAGAGGCAGCUUAAGUUUCAAAGGCAGUGCAUGUGGUCUGCUUACAUAUGGUCCAUUAAAUCGGUGUUUCUCAACCACAUUCCUGGAGCACCAUCAGCUCUACACAUUUUCCACAUCUCCUUAACCAAACACACCUGAUUCUGAUCAUCAGCUCGUUAGCAGUGACAAAGACCUGUAAUGAGUUUGACAGAUAAAGGAGACAUGCGAAACAUGCAGUGCUGGUGGUCCUCAAGGACGUGGUUGAGAAGCACUAAACUGUUGAAAAUCAUUUGUGAUUCAAUCCUGUAUUAAUUCUGAGAUUCAAUUCUCUCUUCAAUCGGAGUUGAGUUUUUAGCAACAGACGGUGCUGUAUAUUGCAGAUAUAAAAACAGUGUUCAUAGUAAGCUUUGAUUCGUCUUUGAGAAAUUCGUCAACUUACAUGGCUCAGCCACAAGCGCUCUUCCUCCUGAGCAUUUGAGUGUAUGGUUAAAUACUAGCCUCGAGUGCCAUCUGCUGAUAAAAACAGCUCACAAUCAAUUCAAGAGAUUAUAAAGAUGCAUUUUGAAAUCGUCUCAAUUUUUCACCAUAUUUCUACUGGUCACUCGUGUCUUACACACAUUUAAUGUAAAACAAACAUACUCUGGGCUUUAUGCUUAAAACUGAAGUAUACUUUAGGCUUAAAGUGCUUUGAUGUGACUAUUUAUACAAAGACAAAUAACAAAAAAUGCAGAAAGUAUUGAAUAUGUAAAUGUUGGUAUAUGUAAAUCCUAAAGUAUAUAGCACUUUUUACACAGCCUGUGUUGGUCAAACGCCUUUCAAAGUACACUUCAUUUAAUUAUUACGCGUACAAAACAAAUUGCAAUACAAAUGUACAAAUGAUUGUACUUCAUGACAUACCAUCUAUAGUCUUUGUAGCACAUGUUCUAGCCCAGGCAUGGGCAAACUUGAUCCUCGAGGGCCGGUGUCCCUGCAGAGUUUUGCUCCAACACUAAUCAAACACACCUGAACACCCUAAUUAGUGUCUUUAAGAUCUCCAGAAAGCUACAAGCAGGUGUGUUUGAUUAGGGUUGGAGCAAAACUAUGCAGGGACACCGGCCCUCCAGGAUCGAGUUUGCCCAUCCCUGUUCUAGCCUGUUCCAUUUAUGCAGCUUUUUUUUUAUGAUACUUUAAUGAUUCUGAAGCGGUAAAAUUUCAGACUUGAAAGCUUAAUAUUUAUAAUUCCAGCCUGAUCUCAUUAGAAAACAUAACUAAUUUACAGACAAGGGGAUAAUUUGUAGAAAAUUGUAAUAUGAAAAUGUAUGAUUUUAUUUAAAAGGAGACAUGGUCCUAAACCCAACUGUCACUGGGAGAUCAGCAAUUCAUGCUAAAGAUAUUUGACAAAUUCAUACAAAUUAUCCACUUAAUCGACCAGUUAUGUGAAGCGCAUCUGUGAACUUGUGUUAAUUAUUCCAGUAGGACAUGAAGGCAGCAUUAAACCACACUGUAGUCAUGAAAUGUUAAAUGUGUACGCUUUGUUAAUGAAGAUUAUCAGCCAAAUAUUUUCCCCAGCUGCAUCAGAAUCAAGUACUUUAAUUAACCACCAUUAAUGCAUCAAAUAUAAAUAUGUACAAAAUGACAACCUAUCUAACAAAGUGUUUUAAUUUUGUGAUAUUACUGUGUCCUGUAUGUCGGUUUAACCUAGAAAUGCUGUUUUGGAUGCCUUUUAAAUGUUCUUUUAAUGUUGUCGAUGGGCAGCAUCGAGCCAAUGUUAAAGCUGCAUCAGUCUAAGUCAGUAUUUAAUUGAGAACUGUGUAUUGUUGAUAGCCAUACUAAUGACUAUUAAUUAAUAACUGCAAAUGGUUUACACUGUUAUGAGUAGUCAUAUUAGCAAAAAAAAAUAUUGAUGUAAUUUUACAUAAAAUCUACAUGUUGUUCGAAGAUGUUCUGAAAUAAAUAUAUUAAAAUAAAUACCAUUUUGAUUAAUA